CACGUUCUCUGAUAUCUACCUAACAACUUCAAGAUGACUUCGCCAACCAUUGUCUUUUCCCACGGUGCUUGGAUCAGCCCCAAAUUCUUCGACGAUAUCCGGUCCCGACUGAACAACCUCGGAUAUCCCACCGAAUGUCCUGCGCAUCCAUCCGUCGGGGCCGAACCGCCUUCGAAGGUCCUGGCUGAUGAUGUCGCCUCAUUCCGCGAAGUUCUAGUAAGCCUCGCCGACGAGGGUAGAGAUCUUGUCGUCGUCGCCCAUUCCUACGGAGGAGUGGUGGUUUCCAACGCAGUCAAGGGUUUGGACAAAGCGACUCGCGCAAGGGACGGUAAGUCAGGUGGUAUUAUCCAAAUUGUCUACAUGGCUUCCUUUGCCUUGGACCGGGGACAGAGUUUGCUCGGGGUAUUAGGAGGAACGUACCCGGACUGCUGGCGAGUCGAGGGCAACUAUCUCUAUCCCGACGGAGAGGGCAAUAUCGGUUACCAGGACCUCCCCGUGGAGGAGCAAGCCAAAUGGGGUGCUUUGGAGCGACACCUCUCCCUGGCGGUCAUUGAGGGCGAAGUCACCAAUGAGCCUUGGGCUGAUGGGAUUCCGUGUUCGUAUAUCAUCUGCGAGCAGGAUUUGGCCAUACCACCUCCGUUGCAGGAGAUUUUUGCCGCAAAGAUUGCGGGUCCAGAGAAUACGUAUCGGCUGCCGACUGCACAUUCUCCGUUUUUGAGCGCUCCGGACCGGCUGCAGGAGGUUUUGGUAAAGAUAGUUAAGGGAAAUCGACAAUGAUCGGAUGUAUUGGUGUUUUGAGAAGGAAUCGGUUCUUAUUUGUAACAAGCAUACUAGUUUGGAAGAACACUUGCUCAGAAUUUGUAUAAGGG